CUGUGCCAGCACGGCCCCUCCCUUGCGGCCAUGUGUCCCCACGGUGCUCGGUGCCCUCCGGGCUCCUCGCCGCCCCCCCCAGCCGUGCCCGACAGCCUGGGGAGACAGCCUGGCUCCGGCAGCCCUGCGGGCAGCGGGGCAUCCCUGCCCACCACGGCCCACGCGUCUGGCGCCUGCCCCGCUGCCGCCACGUCCUGGCCCCGGCCGCAGCUCAGCCCAAGGCCUGGACGCCACGAAUCAAUGAAUUUCCCAAACGGGGAGGUCCGGGGGAGGAGAGAGUCCCGGCACAGGAAAAAGUCCUGGCUGCGGCGCGCCGUGGGCAGAGCGGUCCUGGCCGCCCCGAGAGCACAGCCCCGGCUCCUCGCACCCAGCUCCGCGGCCCACCCUCAUCGCUGCUGCCCCAUGUUCCGCUCGCGUCGUGCCGCGCUGGUGAGGCGGCUCUGGCGGCAGCGCUGCGCGGCGCCCGGCCCCGAGGACGGCCACGGCGCCCUGAAGCCGGCGGCACAUGCCCUCUUCAAGAAGCUGAAGGAUGAGGAGCUGGAGCUGCUGGUGCAGGCGGUGGAGAGCCGGGGCGCCUGGGAGUCCGGCUGCGUCUGGGCGCCACGGGGGGACCCGCGGGGGGGCAAGCAGGCGCUGCCCCCCCAGGUCCUGCUCUGCCGCCUGUACCGCUGGCCCGACCUGCGCCAGCCCCACGAGCUCAAGCACCUCUCCUACUGCCAGAGCGCCGGGGGCCGCGGGGGCUGCGGGGACGCGGCCGCGCUCUGCUGCAACCCCCACCACUUCAGCCGCCUGGCUGUGCCCGAGACCCCUCCGCCCCCCUACUCGAAGUCAUCCUUCGGCCCCUCCUGGCCGGCCGAGCCCGAGCACCCCCAGCUCCUGGAGUUCAGCUACAACCGCGUGGACUGGCGCGACACCAGCCUCUCGCGGAGCACCAUUAGGGACGGCUACUGGUGCAAACUGGCCUACUGGGAGCACCGGACGCGCGUGGGCCGCCUCUACGCCGUGCACGAGGCAUCAGUGAACGUCUUCUGCGAGCUGCCGUGGGGCAGCGGGUUCUGCCUGGGCCAGCUGCCAGCUGCACACCGGAGCCAGGCUGUGCGCCGGGCGCGGGGCAAGAUUGGCCGCGGGCUGCUGCUGAGCCGGGAACCGGGCGGCGUGUGGGCCUACAACCGCAGCGAGCACCCCAUCUUCGUCAGCUCCCCCACGCUGGGGCCCCCUGGCGCCCGUGGGCUCGCCGUCCUCAAGGUGCUGCCCGGCUACUCGGUGAAGGUGUUCGACUACGAGCGGGCGGGGGGCUUGGCCGGCUGGCGGCACCCCGGGGACGGCCCCUGUGACACCCACAGCGUCCGCAUCAGCUUCGGCAAGGGCUGGGGGCCCUGCUACUCCCGGCAGUUCAUCACCUCCUGCCCGUGCUGGCUGGAGGUGCUGCUGAACCAGCCCCGCUGAGCAGCAAGGGGGGUGAUGGAGGCAGUGGUGGCAGGUCCCCCCCAAGCUGGGUGCAAGGGGGACACGAGCUGUGGAGCUCCUCUGCCUCGCCCCAGCCUCUUUGUUCCCUGGCUGCGUGGCCACGGGGCUGUCCUGACCCAUGGGACCCCUGCUGGGACCCCCCACCCCAGCCCCACCAUGGGGGCUGUGCCCACAAGCCUGGCUCUGCACCCACCGCAACAGGUCUCUUGCUGAUGCGGGGCACUAUUUAAUCUCUCUUUUUUAUUUUAUUGGUUAAUUUUAUUUUAAUUUAUCUUAUUUUUGUAAGAAAAAAAAAAAAAAAAGUAAAAUGCAGGGGUUGUAGGGAUGUAGAGCGGGCACCCAGGGAAGGUGGCCGGGGCAUGGUGUGCAGGGGCUGGGCAGGUCUGGGGGAGGCUGGGGGGCAACAGGAGGGGCGCAGGGGGCAGAGCCCCGGAGCAGCAGGCAGGGGGCUGCGGAUGCAGGGCCCCUGGGGCAUGGCAGGCGUGCGGGGUCGGGGAGAGCAGAGCUGGAGGAGUGCGGGCAGGUGAGCACAGCUGGAAUUUGGGGAGGUGAGCACAGCUGGGGGGUGUGGGGAGGUGAGCACAGCUGGAAUGUGGGCAGGGGAGCACAGAUGGAGCAAGCAUGGGGCAGGUGAGCAGAGCUGGAAUCUGGGGAGACUUAGCACAGCUGGAAUGUGGGGAGGUGAGCACAGCUGGAUGCGUGCAGGGCAGGUGAGCAUAGCUGGAGUGAGCAUGGGGCAGGUGAGCGCAGCUGGGGCAGCUGCUGGCCCGGGUUAGCGCCCUUGGGGGUUGCAGCCCGGGAUGGAAUGGCCAGGAUGUGGGGACUGGGGGUAGCGGAGCUCGGGUGCAGCUCAGGACGAGCGCAGAGUCCAUGAAGGUCCCCGGACCCUCCCGGUCCCUGGACCCUUCCAGCCCCCAGGAGAGCGCAGCCGUUGUGGGAGCGGGUACCCCAGGUCCCGGUGCGCCCGGGCUGUGUCCGGUAUUUAUAACCAAUAAACGGUGCCACCGGCACCACG